UUGCUUCAGUAUAAUUCACGUUUAAUUCCAGAUUUCGCUUCAUUUCACCAUUCAGAAUACGGAACGUAAAAAGCAAAACGUAAAAAGUUUGGUUGUGAACGCCGCUUACACAUUGCAACAACAGUUCAAUAUCUACACUGUCUGACGGUUUUCGUUAAUGACCUAUUUGGGUUGGGAGAAGAAAAAUAAGAAGAUGAUGAACGAAGAACUCGAAGGUUUGGUUAUGAUUUUUUAUGUUGUUUAUGAUAGAAUUAUAAUCUUUUUAUGAAAAAUUAAAUUUCAUUCAUUUUUCAACUAUUCAACCCCCAAAAGUUUUUGCUCAUUUUAACUAACCGACGGUUUUUCCAAGUUUCUACUCUUUCAAUAUGUUUUGAACCUCGGAAACUCGUCUGUGGCUCUUGAGGAUUCCACCUUGAUCAUGGACUUGUUUUAUCAGUUAUAUCGUGAAAUUUGAAGAUGUUUUUUCGCACUUCAAAAAAGGCGACGAAAUGAGUUAUGAAACAUCUGCUUUAUGUUGUUGUGAAUAUUAUGAUAGGAACCAGGAAAGGAGCCAUAUCUUGACAUGCUGUUGUGAUUGUGAAGAUCUUGAUGAAGCUUUUGAAAGCUUAAUAACUGGAAAUCAAGUUUCACAAAAACACAAAAAGGGGAUAUUGUUAACUAUGCAAAAUAGAUUCAGAAUACCAUGGAAAGGGGGUGCAAAACAAAUAGCUUUUGAUGCAAUUCUACCUAUUGUCAUUAUUCCAAUUAUGCUAUUACUGGCAUCAAUAAGUCUUUGGUGGACAUUCUUCUCUUUCACAACAGUUGCUAUAUUUCUAUUAUUUAUUUCAAAUUUCCUUAUCAGAGCUGUUCAUCAUACAAAGUUUUUUUUUGUAUGGACAUUAACAUCAGUUAUAGUUUUGUAUCUAAUAUUUGAAUUUAUUGUGAUCCCAUUUUUGGAGAUACUGCUUGAGGAGAAUAUUGCUUUGAGUAUGUUCAUUUUUGGUUUUGUCAUAUGUUUGUACCUCAUGAAGACCAGAAUCAAAAGUAUUUCUUCUAUAAGAGAGAGUGAGGCUGAAAAUGGGACAUCUGGGCAAUAUUACCUGCAAUGUACUCAGUGUUCCAUUUGUCAAUUGAAGAUACCUGACAGAGAUCAUCAUUGUGUUUGGUUUGACUGUUGCAUUGGGAAGCACAAUCAGUGCCUCUUUGUACUGGCAAUUUUUUUUGCUAUAAUAGCUCUACUUUAUAGUUCCAAUUUGACUUUAACAUCAGUUUGUCAUCCUUUCACUUUAUACAAAACCAUAUUAUUACCAGAUGAUUGUUCUGAAGUAUAUAAGUUAUUUGAAUUGGGCCUGUCAUUUGUUGCUGCUGUAUAUAGCCUCAUCAUUGCUGCUCUGCUUUUAGUGCUAUUAUUUCAUCAGAUUUUACUGAUAUCAUUAGGUAUAACAUUGAGAGACUGGACUCGAUUGCCUCUAACAAAGAAACUAUGCCUUGGCUUGACUAUGAAAAGACCAAACAGUAGAGGAAUAUGCCAAAAUUGGAAAAUAGUUAUGUGUUGGACAAAAAAUAACCAUAGCAUUUCAAAUCAAAUGUAAUAAAUAAUUGUACACUAUUUUGCUGGAGCUUGAAAAUAUUUAAGAUUCAUAGC